GUCUCGCGAUGCGGUAGCCGGCUGCUCCUGCUGCGGGUGGCUCAGGCUGUUGCUGUGGUUGCCGGAGUUGCGGCGGCGACGGCGGCGGCGCUGGCGCGGGCGGCGGCGCUGGCGGGGGUGGCGGCCCCGGCGGAUGUUGACAUUGUGUUGUUGUUCCUGCCCACGGUAAUGGCGGCGGUGGCGGCGGCAACGGCGGCGGUGGCGGCCGGGACCAGGUCUCCUCAGUAGCCGGAGCCCACACUGCCGAGCGCCAGCUCCGCGGCCUCCGCGCCCGCCGCCUCACCAGCCGUUCCCCGCGGCCGCCCCAGAGCCAGGGCCCCGGGCGGGGGGCUCGCCGGCGCGGGAUGGCGGAUUUCGAUGAAAUCUACGAGGAGGAGGAGGACGAGGAGCGGGCCCUGGAGGAGCAGCUGCUCAAGUACUCGCCCGACCCGGUGGUGGUCCGCGGCUCCGGUCACGUCACCGUAUUUGGACUGAGCAACAAAUUUGAAUCAGAAUUCCCUUCUUCAUUAACUGGAAAAGUAGCUCCUGAAGAAUUUAAAGCCAGCAUCAACAGAGUUAACAGCUGUCUCAGGAAGAAUCUUCCUGUUAACGUGCGGUGGUUGCUUUGUGGCUGCCUGUGCUGCUGCUGCACGUUAGGGUGCAGUAUGUGGCCAGUUAUUUGCCUCAGUAAAAGAACACGAAGAUCGAUUGAGAAGUUAUUAGAAUGGGAAAACAAUAGGUUAUACCACAAGCUGUGCUUGCACUGGAGACUGAGCAAAAGGAAAUGUGAAACGAACAACAUGAUGGAAUAUGUCAUCCUCAUAGAAUUUUUACCAAAGACACCGAUUUUUCGACCAGAUUAGCAUUUGCUUUAUUUAUAGAGACUUUCCAAGUGUGUUGUCUUUCCAAUGGUGCCUUGCUUGGUGCUCUCCUGCUGGUGACAUGAUGCUGGUUCUACAGAAUCGGGUGGUGUUCUUGUUUGUUUUGUUUUUUAAAUAACCGCAUGUUCUAUGUGUGCAUAUUUGUCAAACUUUGCAAGUUAUUUCAUACAGAUGUUUAAUACUUAAGUUAUUGUGCUCUUUUCUGUUAUAUAUUCUGAUUUUCAAGGGUUACUUUUUGUAUUCUCAAAAAAAAUACAUUCGAACUUAGCAUAAAAA